UUUUCCACCAAAAUGGUUGGACAUCUCCCACUCGAAGUGUUGCUGGGAUUUCUACUUGUCUUGGGUCUCGCCGAAGCGAUCGUCAAUGGGGAUCUGUACGGAACUCUGCCCGGCCUGGUGCUCCGCCAUCUGAAUGGCAGCCACUCGGACUUCGAGGGAUGGACCACGCGGAUGAGCCAGGCCCUGCUGCCCGAGCAGCAGCAGCGUGUGGCUUGGAAUGUGCCUUGGAUGGAUGCUCUGGCGGAGGGGAGAAGUCCCUUGGAGUUGCAGGAGCAGCUGGAGCCCAGCAAUCCCCUCAAGCUGCAGCUCUGGAUGGGACUCUACUGGCACCUGCGACGCUCUAAGCGCCUGGACGUCAGGCUGACCUCUGACUUUGCCCUGACUCUACGGCGACUCCAAAUGCAGCAGCCGGCACUAUGGAACCCCCAACUGCAGAACAUGUGGCAGAGCCUACCCCGCUCCCUGCGGCUCAUCCUCCAGAGCCGCUGGCUGUGCCUGCAACACGGGCGGGAGAUGCUCUAUGCCUUGGGCGGACUCCGCCUGGAACUGGGGGCGAACAGCAACUGCAGCAUGUGGCAAGUGCAGGAGCUGCCACUGGAGAGGGGACACUGGCGGCGUCUGGUCAAUGUGUGCGACAAGAAUAGCCGAUGGUUCAUCAGCAUGUUGCACGACGACACGCCGCACGCGCUGCACAGUGCGCCCAGCAACAUGGCCAGACAGUUCUGUGUCCUGAACGGAUUGAGCUACCUUGGGGAUGCCUCUGCGGACUCCGACUGCCACUGGGCGCUGAACGAUUGCAGCCACUUGCCACAAAUAUUGUCGAGUCGCAAUAAAAGUUAGUGGAAGGUGUUUUUGGGGGAGUG